GUAUGUGUGUGCACUGUAUAAGUACAGAUCUGUCACCCCGCUGUUCACUUUUACGCAGGGGAGAUAGCGAGAUCCAAUCCGGCCAUGAAACUGAUAGUGCUCUUCACAGCUUCUCUUUCGUGGGCCUUCCAGCAUCAGGCCGCACCUCCAAAGUACCAACACCGCGACCCUGUGACAUCUGACUUCCUCCUGUGUGACCAGUGUCCUCCUGGCACAGCUUUGAAACGACACUGCACCGCUGACAUAGCCACAGAGUGCCAGCCCUGUCCUGAGAGGCAUUUUGCUGAGAACUGGCACUGGGGGGACUCAUGCCAGUACUGCACCUCGGUGUGCAAGGAGAAGCAGUUGGUGAGGCAGCAUUGCAACAGCACACAUGACCAACUGUGUGAAUGUGCUCCAGGAUUCCACCUAGUGGUGGAAUUCUGCAUCGCACACAGUGCCUGUCCACUUGGCUCUGGAGUGACAGCUUUAGGUACUCCAGUGAGUGACACUGUUUGUGAGCAGUGUCCCCCCGGUCAUUUCUCCGCCGGCAGCUCAGCCACGGAGCCGUGUCAGCCCCACAGAAACUGCUCCGACUUUGGCCUGAAGACACUGAGGUGGGGCACGUCCACUUCAGAUAGUCUCUGUCAGGAGAGGACAGCAACACUGGAGUGUUCACAGCAUCACACAUUAUGCCACACUGAUGUGACCCUAUGUGAGGAGGCAGUCUUCCAGUCUCUAGCCUCACUGCAACUGUCCUCGAUGCCCCUGGAGCGGCUGUUAGAGAGUCUUCCCGGGCGAAGGGUGGACCGUAAGAGCCUGGAGAGGCUGAAGAAAGCCUGCUCUCCUCAGCAGCAGGUCCUCCAUCUUCUGCGACUGUGGAGGGAGCAGAACAAGGACCAGGACAAGCUGCACGGCAUCAUACAAGGUGUGAACCACUGUGAGAGAAAGGUGUCCCGCUGCCACGGCCUGAAGAACCUCACGCUGGAUGACCUCCUGAAGGUCACCAACAGCCUUCCAGGGGUGAAAGUUAAGCUGGAAGAUGUUCAGGCCGUGGUCUCCGCGUGUCUGCCCAGGCAGUACAUCCUGCAGCUUCUUCACCUAUGGAAAACUGCAAACUACAACCUGGACCUAGCCAAAGGUUUGUCUCACAGUCUGAAAGUGCUGCGCAGCCAGGGCGCACCGCGCCAUCUGCUCAGAGGCCUGAAGAAGAUCAGCCGCAUCAUAGGGACCACGUCAGCGCACAAGUUGUAUGAGAAGAUGUUUGUCAGCAUGCUUCAGGAUGAGUUGUGUUUUAAGGCUCAUAAGCCAUUCAAUGAAUAGGGGGGAAAAGAUGGUACAAACUGGAAUAUUCACUCUCUGAAGCAUAAACAGACACUAACGCAUUGUCAAAUGGUGAACACACAAAACACAGACACACAGUGGAUCAGGUCAUAAUGGAAUAUGGGUCACAAAUUAUAUCAAGCUGUGCUCAUAGUGCCUAGAUGUAUUCUGCCAGAAAGGAAAUGAGGUCAAAUAUUCCUGUCACUGAUUUUUUAUCAAAAUUCCAAAACAAGGUGGCUAAGAUUAUAUGAGGUAAUGGGUGAUGCCAGGAAUUUGAGUGUUCAGUAUCUGUCUGCAGUCAUGAAUAAAGAAGAAAAAUAUACUAUACUGUAUACUCCAGGCAGACCUAAUCAAAACGAAAUGUUUUCUAGAAACCUUUUUGAGAGUCUGUGAAAACAGAGAAACUAUUUAAGAUGUAAAUACACUAUUUUAUGUGAAAUGGGCUGGCAGUUGUGUUUCGAUUAUUGUUGCUUUCUCGCUGUUUGAGAAGAAGGAUUUGGUUUCAUAAUGAAAUAUAUGUAUUUUCUACAGUUUCCCUUUGUUUGUUGGUUUGUUCAGGACUGCUGACAAGUAAAGCUCAUCUGAAUUGUUUUGUCUUUUUUGAACUGUCAGCUUAAUGAAUGUACAAAGGAGUGCAAUUGUUUUCUAUUUAAUAAUAAUUUAGCUUCUGAACAUGUAAAGGCUUCUUUUUUCUUUUUUUUUUUUUUACUUCAUCAAAAAUACUGGAUUCCAAAUGCUGCAAGUUCAUGGAGUGAUAUUUUUUUAUAUUUUGUUUUAUCACUUUAUAAUAUUAAAUGUAUGGUCUUUGUUGUACAUACUGUAUGUGUGACUGCUUCUCUUUAAGUUUGUGUAAGUUGUGAACACUAACGUCGGAUGAUCUGAUUAAAAUCAGUUUGUAAAAAAAAUG